AUGAAUAUGCGAAAUAUUCGAGCCCUAAGCUCCCUUCUACUCUUGGCCGUAGCGGUGCCAUCUCAAGAACAGAGCACACCUCUUUCACCAUGUAUGAACGUGUUCAUGUAUGAACCAUCUAGCACGGAGUCAGGCAAAUGGUACGGAGUGGUCAACGUGUCCACGGAUAGUACUUUGCACUCACUUUGGCUGAAUAUCGUUUUGGACAGCAAGGCUGACAUACUUGGGAAUUGGGUUGGAGACGUAACAACAACAGAUAAUAUAGAUUUCAAAAUAGAAAACACCAAAAUGAAAAUCCACCCGGGUCCGGCACAGGCAAUCAAAUUCUUCGUCCAGUAUAAUCCAUUAAACAAACCACCUAAAUUACAAGCAAUACGACUGAACGGCAGGGAAAUCUGCAACGCUAACAAUCGACAACCUGUAGUCGACAGACCGGACUCAGUAGAACAAAGACCGAGUAGACCAGAAACUACAAUCCGUCCUACAUCUAGGCCAGAGUCGACACGACCGAGACCGGAGAGCCCACGCCCGGAGAGACCGACAAACACGCGGCCUGAAAGACCAGACAACUCAUAUCCGCAAAGACCCGAGACCCGACCCGAGAGCAGACCCGAAAGCAGACCCGAGAGCAGACCCGAGAGCAGACCCGAGAGCAGACCUGAGAGCAGACCCGAGAGCAGACCCGAGAGCCGACCCCAGAGCAGACCAGAGAGCAGACCAGAGGAAAGACCAAACAUCAGGCCAGAAGAUCGACCGAACACAAAGCCAGUAUUUGGAAAUCCGACGGGAGAUGGACCAGUGUAUGUUCCAACUUUAAACACUCCUAGUGAUCAUAGCAAUGCGAAUCCAUACAGCAUAAACGACGGGCGUAUCCCGGCGCAGAAUGUGGGUACCCAGACUUCCAGUGGCGGGCGAAGACCUGAGGUGUAUCCGGCGACACCCACCACACCCUUACGGACGACCACGUCACGACGAAGGGGCGAUGAAGAUGACUUUGAUAGUGACAGUCGCCCAGAUCCAGUGGAAUAUUUCACAGGCGAACGACCAACAUUUGUAGUGUCGAACCCUUCAAACAACAACAAUUAUUAUAACACACAUAACCAGGACGAAUGCGGUCGUGUGAUGCGCAACAACCCUAACCCUUUGGUUGUGAAUGGGAAACCAACCCUGGAAGGGCAGUGGCCCUGGCAGAUUGCGCUUUAUCAAACCCAGACGGUCGACAACAAGUACAUCUGCGGUGGUACCCUCGUUUCUCGUCGUCAUGUUAUCACAGCAGCUCAUUGUGUAACACGCAAAAACUCCAAUCGAGUUGUUAACAAGAAUACACUCACCAUUUACUUGGGAAAACACAACUUGAGGACUUCUGUUGAAGGUGUUCAGAUAAGACUGGUGUCAGACAUAAAAGUCCAUCCGGAUUACAACGCGUCAGCGUACAGCCGCGACCUAGGCAUCCUAGAACUGAGAGAAGCAGCCACCUACUCCGAUUGGGUGAGACCUGCCUGUCUCUGGCCGGAGAACGAAAUUGACCUUGCUAACGUAAUUGGCGAGAAAGGAAAUUGGCUGUGUAAAGCCAUUAUGCUUUUGCUUCCAGGAGGCAUCGAUGGUCAUUCCGGAACUAGAAAAAGCACAUCCGUUUGCAACGGUGACAGCGGAGGCGGCAUGGUGUUCAACAAACAAAACCGGUGGUACCUACGAGGCCUGGUCUCGCUCUCCGUGGCUCGGCAGAACGAGUACCGCUGUGAUCCCACUCAUUACGUGGUCUUUACAGAUUUAGCCAAAUUCUUGCCGUGGAUCAAACGGAAUAUUAACGUAUAUUAAGUAUAGGAACGAUUGGUUUUACUUAUACAUAUCGACUGUGAGUGUGAAUGGCAACCGGUACUAUCUCAAUUUUCUAAAGAUUUCACUUUUUAAUACCAUUUUAUACUAUUUCAUACACCGCAGCGUUCCAUUGUUUUAAUAACAUGUGUAAUAAUAAUCUCAGUACAGAGUA